AUGGCUUCCAAAUCGAUUGUCCAUCAUGUGGAGAAAUCUGAUGGCAAAUCACCACUGGACAUCGAUUCUGAUGAGUUGGUCCAGGCGGCCAAGGCUGCCACCGACAAAGAACACCACAUGUCACUUUGGGAAGGUCUAAAACUGUACCCCAAGGCAGUCGGGUGGUCCGUCCUGAUCUCGACGGCGAUUGUGAUGGAAGGCUACGAUGUCGUCCUCCUGGGGUCCUUCUACGGGUUUCCCGCCUUCAACAAAAAAUAUGGACAUACACUCUCAGAUGGCUCCCAAGGGCUUUCGGCACAAUGGCAGGCAGGGUUAUCCAAUGCUAUGAACUGUGGCCAAAUUCUGGGCUUGUUUGCCAACGGUAUCAUCUCCGAACGAUUCGGGUACCGCAAAACUAUGAUGGGAUCUCUCAUUGCCACUACCGCCUUUAUCUUUAUCCUCUUUUUUGCUCCUAACGUCCAGACGUUACUAGUUGGGGAGAUUCUGAUGGGUAUUCCUCUUGGGGUCUAUCAGACCCUAUCCGUCACCUAUGCCUCCGAAGUCUGCCCUGUUGCUCUUCGUGCCUACCUCACGACUUACGUCAAUCUCUGCUGGGUGGUGGGCCAACUGAUUGCCUCGGGGGUCUUAAAGGGCCUAGCAUCCCAAGAAGGCCAAUGGGCUUAUCGCAUCCCAUUCGCCAUUCAAUGGAUUUGGCCUGUUCCGAUAUUCAUCGGGGUUGUGUUAGCUCCAGAGAGCCCAUGGUGGCUAGUCCGGAAGGGGCGACCUGAGGAUGCAGUCAAGGCUCUUAAGAGGUUGACGUCCAAAGGAAAUCCUGAUUUCAAUGCAGAGGAGACCGUCGCGAUGAUGAUCCACACCGACGAGAUUGAGAAGCAGAUCAAUGAAGGUACAAGCUACUUGGAUUGCUUCCGUGGUAUCAACCUCCGCCGGACCGAGAUAUCCUGUCUGAUCUGGGCAGCACAGAAUCUCUGCGGGGCCGGUUUGAUGGCGUACUCGACUGUUUUUUACCAGCGCGCUGGGUUGGCCGUCUCUCAGUCGUUCAACAUGUCCUUAGCGCAGUACGGAAUCGGCUUCAUUGGUACCAUAUUCUCUUGGGUUCUGAUGUCCUAUUUUGGCCGACGAACCCUAUAUGUUUACAGCCUGGCCACUCUUUGUGUCAUUCUCUUGAUAAUUGGUUUUAUCGCCAUUGCUCCCGCAACACCGGCUACUUCCUGGGCGACCGGCUCCAUGCUCUUGGUCUACACGUUCAUCUAUGAUUCCUCGGCAGGGCCAGUUUGCUAUUCGCUAGUAUCCGAGAUUCCUACUAUCCGACUUCGCAUCAAGACCGUCGUUCUCGCCCGCAAUUUAUACAACUGCUUUAGCAUAUUCAACGGGGUGGUGAUCCCGUAUAUGCUGAAUGUGGAUGCAUGGAACUGGAGAGGCAAGGCUGGGUUUUUCUGGGGUGGAUUGUGUCUGCUUUGUUUCGUGUGGGCAUUCUUCCGCCUACCGGAACCUCGAGGUCGUACGUAUGCUGAGAUGGAUGCUUUGUUCGAACAACAUGUGCCCGCGCGGAAGUUUGCAUCUACGAAAGUCGACCUUUUCCACGAUGAAGCUGCUGAAGCCGGGACCACGGAAGGGAAAUGA